AUGGGUGUUUCUACGAUGAAACCACCACUCACGGCGACUGCGCUUCACCCGUCCCUGUCAUACUAUAUAGCAGAUCCAUGCCCCGUCACUUCUCACCAGACGCCAUCACUCAAACCAGUCUCCGCAUUUCAACUCAACCAUCCCAGCAGCAGCCUCACCUCUCUCCCCGCCGAUCUUCACCGACCAGCACCGCGUUUCCGACGCCAUUCUGAUCUAGCCACUCGUGAUUCUCAGAGGCGAAUCUCAUCCAUCCGUUCUGCGCCUCAUAAGCCGUCGCCCACGGUCACUCCCCUCACCCUGAUCAUCAGCAGCCUUGCAAGUCGGCUCAACCCGGCCGAUCAUGGCGAUUAUAGUACCUUCGCUGCCGCGGUCUCCCCUCCUCCUCCUCCUGCUCGCGCUGGUGCUGCUCUCGUCGGCGCACCUCCCCCUCCGCGCGCGCGCAGAGGAUACGUGCUCCGCCUCCGCGCCGUGCGCCAACAACCUCUGCUGCAGCAAGUGGGGCUGGUGUGGCUCCACCGCCGAUCACUGCGGCGCAGGCUGCCAGUCCCAGUGCUCCGCUCCGUUCCCCCCCCAACUGGCUCCGCUCCCCCCCCAACUGGCUCCGCUCCCCUCCCAACCAGCCCCGCACCCCCCCCAACCGGCUCCGCUUCCCCCCCAACCGCCUCCCCUCCUCCGUCUACUGGGCUGAAGCGCAUGGCGUAUUUCCUCAACUUCAGGGGCAUGGACCCAUCCCUCAUCCCUGCUGCCAACCUCACGCAUGUCUUCUACUCCUGUGCUUCCAUCGACCCCACCACACACAAGGUCGUCCCCUACAUCCCAGCAAUUGACGUCAACGAGGGCCUCUAUCUGCGCUUCAACUCUGCUCUAAAGACCGCCAAUCCCGCCAUUAAAACUCUCCUUUCCAUCGGCAGCUAUUACGGAUACUUCACCGAUAUCGAAAACACCACCUCCUCUCCGUCCUCCCGCUCUGUCUUCAUCCAAUCCGCGAUCGCCCUCGCCCGCACGUACAACUUUGACGGUCUGGAUAUCGUCUAUGAGUACUUAAGGGGCAACACCACCUUCUUUUCCGCCCUGGUCACGGAUUUCCGGGCGGCGAUCGAAUCCGAAGCUGCCGCUUCCGGGAAAGCGAAGCUUCUGCUUUCUGCGUUGCUCUCUGCAUACGAGCCAAAUAUCACUCAGCCCUACGAUGUCCCGACACUUAACAAAACACUGGACUUUGUUAAUGUUAAGACUUACGAUUUAAUUGUGGAUUCGGAGACCCCCACGACCCGCAUGCACACAGCACUGGAGGACGUGAGCAACCCUCACCUGAGCAUCAAGGGCGCCAUGGCUGCAUGGGUGUCCCAAGGCUUGGCCCCAAGCAAGGCCAUGGUUUUUACCCUCUCUUACAAGAAAAUCGAUCAGCUGGUAACCACAGGAGGUUACACAGCUACGCUCGACGCCCCAACAUCCUCUAUGUAUGCAGUGAAGGGUGACCAUUGGGUUUGUUACGACGACCCUUCCACCAUCACCACCAAGGUUCAGUUUGCCAAGGCGCAAGGCUAUGGAGGGUGGUACUUCAGUGUAUGGGGUGAGGAUGCCAACAAUGCUCUGCUCAAUGCUGCAAUAGCUGCCUCUUGA